AUGGCAGCCGCGGGGCCGGGCCGGGCUAUGGCGGCGGCCGCGCUCAGGCUGGGCCGGGCCUCGGCGCCGCCUCGGCCGCUGGUGGUGAUCCUGGGCGCUACCGGCACCGGCAAAUCGGCUCUGGCCCUGCAGCUGGGGCUGCGCCUCGGCGGAGAAAUCGUCAGCGCCGACUCCAUGCAGGUGUACAAGGGCUUGGACAUCAUCACCAACAAGGUUUCUCCUCAGGAGCAGCGUCUGUGUAGGCACCACAUGAUCAGCUUUGUGGACCCCCUUGUCUCCAACUACACAGUGGUGGAUUUCAGAGACAAAGCCAUGGCUCUCAUUGAAGAUAUUUUUUCCCGAGACAAGAUCCCAAUUGUUGUGGGAGGAACCAACUACUACAUCGAGUCCCUGCUCUGGAAGGUCCUUAUCAACACAAAGAAGGCCAGCACAGCCCCCAGCCCAGUCACAGACAGGAAGGUGGAGCUGGAGCAGCUGGAUGGUGCUGAGCUCCAUCGCCGUUUGAGCCAGGUGGACCCGGAGAUGGCGGCCAAGCUGCACCCCCAUGACAAACGCAAAGUGGCCAGGAGCCUCCAAGUGUUUGAAGAGACGGGGAUCCCCCACAGUGAGAUCUUGCACCAGCAGCAGGAGGAGGAAGGUGGGGGACCCUUAGGGGGGCCCCUAAAAUACCCACAUUCCUGCAUCUUGUGGCUCCAUGCAGAGCAGGCAGCCCUGGACCAGCGACUGGAGAAGAGGGUGGAUGAGAUGCUGGCUGCAGGGCUGCUGGAGGAGCUGCGGGACUUCCACCGACGCUACAACCAAGAGAAGGUGGCUGAGAACCAGCAGGAUUACCAGCAUGGCAUCUUCCAGUCCAUUGGCUUCAAGGAGUUCCAUGAGUAUCUCAUCAGUGAGGGGAAGUGCUCACCUGAGACCAGUGCUCUGCUGCUGCAAAAAGGGAUCCAGGCACUGAAGCAGGUGACCAAGAGAUACGCCCGGAGGCAGAACAAGUGGGUCCGAAACCGCUUCCUGAGACGUCCUGGGCCCAACGUGCCCCCCGUGUAUGGCUUGGAGGUGUCUGAUCUCCUGCGGUGGGAGGAGGAUGUGCUGCAACCUGCUCUGCAGAUUGUGGAGAGCUUCAUCCAGGGACGUGAGCCCCCAGCAGAACCUGUGAAGCUGGAGUGUGACAUGAAUGAGAACAAACGGAGUCACCACAUGUGUGAGCUGUGUGACAGAGUCAUCAUUGGGGACAGGGAGUGGGCAGCUCACACACGCUCCAAAUCCCACCUGCACCAUCUGAAGAAGAGAAGGAAGCUGGAGGCUGCCAACCCUACUGCAGAGGGGGACAUUGGGGACACAGGGAGCCUGGGUGGGGACAGUAGCUUGCCUUUGCCAUAGCCUGCACAGCAGCUGGCACAGGGAGCAGCCACACUCCCACCUGGACAGUGAGGAACCAGCUUAGUCCUGGGUGGCCUUGAACCCAACAAGUUGAGUCUUUUUUUUUUUUUUCUUGGGAUGAGGCAGAUGUGUGUCAGUGACUUUGGUCCUUGGCUGCAGCAGAUCCUCUUCAUGUGGCCUCACAGUGUUCCAGGCUUUCCCAGCCCUUCCUGGAAAGGGUUGAGCCUCAGGGCAAGGCUGCUUGGGAGCACCCACCCAUGGCAAGUGUUAAUUCCUUGGAAUGGUUGAGCCCAUCCUGCUGGCAUGAGAAGGUGUUCUCAGAGACAGAAAUACCCCACACUCCUCCAGCUCAGCCAGGAGGGCAGCUCCAGAGCUGAGGGAGCUCUUUCUGCCUUUAUUGUGGAGAGGAUAUUUUUCUCCUUUUAUAUGGAAAUAAAAGCUGUAACAUUAUUGUGGA